AUGUGCCAGAAUCACGUCGAUGUCGACGGUCUUCUUGAGGAUUAUGCAUGGAGACAUUUCAAGGAUGUUCAAAGUAUUCGCAAAACCCGCUUAGAUGAUUAUAAAAAUCUCGAAAGAGAUGAUGUUGAAUUUAUUUUGAAUCGAAAAAAGCUCAUAGUGACCCAUGGCGAACCGAGUUACACGCAGUUCCAUGCGACUGGUGCACGACCAUACACUUUAUUUAAAUCUGUAUAUACAAAUAAUACAGAUCGAUCUCAAGAAUAUUCGUUCAAAACUGAAAGAACAACGGAAAGUAUGUGUUGCGUAGUAAGAGAACAAGGCUAUUCGCUGGGUGGCGAAACCGAAUUGACUCUUAAAACUCCAUGUGAAAUAGCGGAAUUAAAAGCUGGUUUCAAACAUGAGAUGCAUUUCAACAAUAUGAACGAAAAUACGAAAUGUGAGACGUUAUCGUGGGGAGUGGACAGUAAUGUCGUUGUGCCUCCACAUUAUAUAACGGAAGCUUCAAUUAUUAUCGAAGAAAUGAAUUAUCAAGGAUCGUACACCGUUAUGACACAGUUGUCGGGACUUGUGACGAUUUCAAUAAGAAGGCGAAAGGAUGGCGCCUUGAUUUUACCAUUGACUGUAAAUAUUGUUGAAGUAUUUCGAGAGCAUUUGGAAUCACGAAAUGUUCGAAAAGAAAUCAGAACUUCAGCAAUGGUUGAAGGCAAUAACUGUGUUCGUAUCACAUCAAAGGGCAAAUGUCAAUUUCAAAGGCAAGAUAGCAAAAUGGUUAUUGCUUAG